AUGGAUAGGUACGGACACAUAGCUCAUAAAGAAGGCAAUGUUUGUUAUUACAUACCAAGACUGUUCAACUACAACGACUAUUAUAAUGGGUUAGAAGACGUAAGAAUGUUUAUUGGCGACUUGAAAGACCAGAUGAGAUCUUCUCCAUUUGUUUGCCAAAACUAUUAUGAUGAGCGGCUAUCGAUAUUAUUCUGGAAAAACCAUCCUUUGCAACAAAUACAUCUUCUCGGGUGCAUCGUUGGGCUCCAGUAUAAAUGGAUCGGCCAGCAGGAAUACAUUUUCUUUCAACUAGAUGACUGUACAUCGGGCUCCACAUCAGAGAGUUUCAGUGAUGACGCAAAGUUUUUAACUUGCAAAGUUACCAAGGAUGUCAUUAUGUCAUGUGGGCUGAAGAUAACUGAUUUGGCAGGUUUAACUCUCCACAUUUAUGGGAGAGUAAGUUUAAACUAUCAGGAGUUGCAAGUUGAGUAUAUGAAAGUGUGUUACACUUUAACGGAAGAGAUAGAGCACUGGAAAAUGACAAUGAAUACGCGUGAGAAGCUUAAUAAUACGUGGUCCCUAAGCGACUCUGUUGUAGCAGAACUAUUCACGCAGGAGCAAGAGUUGACGCCUGAGAAGACCCGGUCCGAGAUGGCGGAACAGAAUUUUGUUAACUUGGGAUACAAGACUCCUGAAAGUAAAAGAAAUAAAACCACUUUCAUCGAGCAACUGCAAGAAGAACGUAUAAAGGAUGAAUUGGAAAUUACAAGCCCGUAUAACAGCACCAACACUUCAAAUAGCGUUCAUUCUUUAUCGUUUCAAUUUGUAUCAUCGCUCAAAGAUUUACCUGACGUGGAUUUCAUGAACUCUUCUAACCAGAUCGAAAAUGAUGGCGAAAACUCUUUGAAUGUAGUAGGAUCCAAAAGCAUGAAUCCUCCAGUGACGGUAUCAAAUAAGGCAUCUGCAAAGUCAAGCAUGAUGCUAAUCUUAUCAGAACUACGAAUGAAAGAGAUUUCUAGCUUCGAUCUUUACCAGUUACAGGAGGUAAGGAGAGUGGUCGCUAGUUUAGCCUUGUUUCAAUUUCAGCAGCAAAAUUUAGGCAUCAUCAAAUCUUUCACUACUCUAGAGAAUGAAGCAUUCCAGAACUUGAUUGACAACCUUGUCAAGCUGGGUUUGGUCAACUUGAGCGAUAUCAAAAAUAAUGUACUAGACUUGCUACCCUUGAGAAAACUUUUCGAUUACGCUCAGAAAAGGAUAUCAGUACUAGUGAAGCUACAAUGCUAUACCGGUACUAUCGAGCUGUAUCAUGUUCAAGAAAAGCUACAUCUGCCGGAUAUAACGAUAAGUGGUAUCAUCGAUGUCUUCAAAGAAUGCCUCAAACAGACAACAAAACAGUAUCCACAAACGCUGAAGAGCUGGUGGAUUGAUCUAAAUGGCAAGGGAGAACUGAAGGGUCAGAAUAAUGGAAUUUUACUGCAUUUGGAAUAUGUCACGAACUCAUGA